AUGUGCAACAAGGCUGCCUCCAACCCAAACCGUGUGGUCCUCCCCACCAACGUUACCCCCUCCCACUACACUCUCAGCAUCGUCCCUGACUUCAAGGAGUUCACCUUUGGCGGACAGGUCGCCAUCGACUUGACCAUCCAUGAGGCCACGAAGACUGUCUCUGUCAACACCAAGGACCUCACCCUCAAGACCACUGCCAUCGAGAUCGACGGCAAGACCAUCGAGCCUGUUUCCUCCGCACUCGACGAGCACCGCGAUACCACCACCUUCACCUUCGACUCUGAGCUCCCCAAGGGUGCUGCCGUCCUCCGCAUCUCCUUCGACGGUAUCUUGAGUGACAAAAUGGCCGGUUUCUACCGUUCCUCCUACAAGGAUGCUGAAGGCAACACCAAGUACAUGGGUGUCACCCAGUUCGAGGCCACUGAUGCCCGUCGUGCCUUCCCCUGCUGGGAUGAGCCCGCUGCGAAGGCCACUUACACUAUCUCCUUGACCGUCCCUACCGAGUUGGUUGCCCUCUCCAACAUGCCCGUCGCUUCCGAGACCCAGGAGGGUGACAAGAAAAUCGUUGUCUUUGAGAAGACGCCUAUCAUGUCGACCUACCUGGUUGCUUGGGCUGUCGGAGAGUUCGAGUACAUCGAGACCACUACCACCAAGCUGGAGAAGCCCGUCACCUGCCGCGUCUACACCCUUCCCGGCUUGAAGGAGCAGGGUCGCUUCGCCCUCGAGAUCACCCCCAAGGUCCUCGAGUACUUCUCCGAAAUCUUUGGAACCGCAUACCCCCUCCCCAAGUUGGACCACCUCGCCGUCCCUGACUUUGACGCUGGCGCCAUGGAGAACUGGGGUCUUGUCACCUACCGCACCGUUGCCCUUCUCUUUGACGAGAAGACCUCUGACUUGCGCUUCAAGGAGCAGGUCGCCGUCACCGUUGCCCACGAGAUUGCCCAUCAGUGGUUCGGAAACUUGGUUACCAUGGAGUGGUGGGACCACCUCUGGCUCAACGAGGGAUUCGCCACCUGGGUUGGUACUUUGGCCGUCGAUCACCUCUUCCCCAAGUGGGACACCUGGUCCACCUUCGUCGUCGACGAUAUGCAGCGCGGUGUCAGCUUGGAUUCGCUUCGCAGCUCUCACCCUAUUGAGGUUCCCGUCGCCGAUCCCCAUGAGAUUCACCAGAUUUUCGAUGCUAUCUCCUACUCCAAGGGAGCUUCGGUUAUUCGCAUGUUGAGCAACUGGUUGACGGUCGAUGUCUUCCUCGCCGGAAUCCGUCGCUAUCUCAAGAAGCACGAGUACGAGAACGCCACCACCGAUGAUCUCUGGAAUGCCCUCUCUGAGGAGUCCAAGGUCGAUGUCCGUGAGUUCAUGAACACCUGGACCCGUGUGAUUGGUGUUCCAAUCCUGGACGUCACCGAGGCCGACGGCAUUGUCACUGUUGAGCAGCACCGCUUCUUGUCGACUAACGACGUUAAGCCCGAGGAGGAUGAGACCGUCUGGUGGGUACCCUUGGGUGUCUACCCUAAGCCCGCCUCGAUUGCCGACCCCAACCAGACCCUCAAGUCGCGCUCCUUGUCCUUUGAGGCUCCCGAGGGCCCUUACUUGCUGAACAAGGACUACAGCGGUGUCUUCCGUACCAACUACCCCCCUAGCGCCAUUGGGCGCAUUGGAAAGGCCAUCCUCGACGGAUCGGACUUGGUCGGCUUGAGCGACCGUGCCGGUCUUGUUGCCGAUAUUGCCUCCUUGUCUAAGUCUGGCCACACAGCCACCAGUAACUUUUUGGAUCUCGUCCAGUACUACAAGAACGAGGAUACCUACGUCGUCUGGGAGCUCUUGGCUGGCCGUGUUGGCGAGAUUGCUUCGAUCUUUGCCGAAAAUGAGCGCAUCAACCAGGGCAUCAAGCACUUCCAGCGUAACUUGGUUGACCGCAUGGUCCAGAAGCUCGGAUGGGAGUUCCCCGAGGGCGAGGACUACCUGACCAGCCGUCUCCGCAACGUUAUCUUACGCUCCGCCGGUCGUGCCGGUCACGAGGCCACGGUUGCUGAGGCCAAGCGUCGCUUCGCCCUCUUUGUCUCUGACCCCGCCCACGACUCGAUCUUGCACCCCUCGAUCCGUCAGACUGCCUUUGAGAUUGUCUUGUCCCAGGGUGGCGAAGAGGAGUUCCGCAACGUCCUCAAGUACUUCCAUGCCGCCCCCAAGCAGGAUCAGCAAGUCAUUGCCCUCUUGGCUCUUGGAUACGUCCAGCAGCCUGAGUUGAUUGCCGAGGUCCAGGCCUUGGCCAUCUCGGAGCACGUCCGUCCCCAGGAUAUCUUCUAUGUCCUUGCCGGUCUCUCCUCCAACCAUGCCUCCCGCCGUCCUACCUGGGAGUGGGUCAAGAACAACUGGAACACCCUCUCCAACCGCUACAAGGGCUCGAUGUCGAUGUUGGGCUCGUGCGUCAAGUUCCCUCUUUCGCAGUCGUCUGAUGCUGCCUUGAUCAAGGAAGUCAAGGAGUUCUUCGCCGACAAGGAUACCAAGGACUUCCAGCGUGCUCUUGACCAGGCCAUUGAGGGCUUGGAUGUCAACUCUGCCUGGGUUGCUCGUGAGCAGGAGGGUCUCUCUGAGUGGUUGUCUGCCAACAGCUACUAA